AUGAGAGAUCCGGUUCAGAUUACCAUUCCAAUUCUUGUUCUGCCGUCACCUACCAUUCUUUUCCCGAGCACAGCUCUUCGUAUUACACUUCCUCGGGAUGCAAAUGAUCUGGCCACUCGGGCUAUUGGUAUUUCCAAGUUCAACAAAUUAAGAAAGUUGGUCGAUAUCAAGUCGGAGAAAGAUGUCAUUAUUGGUGUCCUGCCAAAGGAAAUCGGUAGUGAGGAUAUUCACCACAUUGGAACUUUAGCAAGGGUGGUAUUGCGACCUAGCGAGUCGUCCGAUUUGUACUCAUCGCCAGCUACUCGAGAUUCGAUUCUACUUCAGGGUUUGACAAGGUUCAAGUAUGUUGAGGAUUAUGAAAAGGAUAAUUCGGUCGACCGGUCUGCUCGCCAGGCUCGAGUACUUGUCUAUGAUUCGGGUUUUCUUGACAAAACGAAUAGUCAAGACAAACAGUUGCAUGAUCAAAUGGAAGAGUUGAAACAGGUAGUUCGCAAAAUGAUCCAACCUUGGGGUGCUAGUGGUCUAUCUGCCAUGCAAAGGUUCCUGGCAUUUGCUCAGGGUGUGCUUGCUCCUGGCAUGUUGGUUGAUAUAUUUGCUUCUGUCCUGCCGUUGUCACAGGCUGAUAAACUUAAAUUGUUAGAUGCCAUCGAUGUCAAGUACCGGUUGGAAUUGGCAAUUGAAUCAAUUGAGAAACAUGCUGAAUCGAUUAUUGCUGCACAUAAGAAGAAUCAGGAAUUUAUUGCUAAUAGUCCCAGUCCUAACGGUAAUACCCUAUCUAAAAAACAACGGGAAGCUCUUUUGCGAUAUCAACUCAAACUUAUUCAAGACAAGCUUGACGAGCUGGAAAAGGGUCCAAAUGGUGAUAAUAGCAAUGCCACACCCAGUUCUAAGAACGAGGUUGGAUUCCCCAUUCCACCGAGAAAGUCGGCUGCCCCAAGAUUGCCUGCUCCAGCAGAUGAGAAUGACGAGGAUGACGAAGACGGGCUAAUUAAGCUUGAGCAAACGCUAAACUCGCUCAACUUGCCGGACGAGGGUCGUAAGAUUGUAAAUCGAGAGCUUAAACGAUUAAAGAGAAUGAACGCUAAUCAAGCCGAGUACCAAGUAUGUCGAACUUACCUCGAGACCAUUGCCGAAUUGCCAUGGAAUAAUUUCGACAAUGAUCAGCUCGACAAUUCGGUUAUUGCCAAAGCACGACAGAUUUUCGAUGUAGACCACUAUGGGCUGGAAAAGGUUAAGAAGCGUCUGCUCGAGUAUCUUGCAGUUGUAUAUUUGAAGCAACAACAGCAGCAGAAAGAAAAGAAGGAGUUACCUAAGCCUGCUACUUCUGUAUCUACCGUCACUGCUGCUUCAGGAGGAACUUCUGUACCAGCUGAAUCCGAAUCUAAACCUAGUCCAGUGCCAGCACCAGCUAUCAACCAACCUAUUACUCAAACUCUGCACAAAGAAAAGGCACCAAUACUUUUAUUGGUAGGUCCACCAGGUGUGGGAAAGACGAGUCUUGCCAAGUCGGUUGCACAUGCUCUUAACCGUCAAUUGUACAGGAUCUCCCUUGGAGGUGUGCGUGACGAGGCAGAGAUUCGUGGACACCGAAGAACUUAUGUGGGAGCUAUGCCAGGUAUCUUGGCACAAGCACUUCGUAAGGUUCAAGUUAUGAAUCCCGUUAUUGUGCUUGAUGAAAUUGACAAGCUUAGCCAAGGAAAUACCGGCACCAGCGGUGAUCCAUCAGCUGCCAUGUUAGAAGUUCUCGAUCCUGAGCAAAAUUAUAGCUUUGUCGACAGAUAUAUCAAUUUCCCUAUCGACUUGUCUCAAGUUUUGUUUAUUGCGACAGCCAACACCACCGAUACAAUCCCACGACCCCUGCUGGACAGAAUGGAGACCAUUUAUAUCGAUGGAUAUACAUACCUCGAGAAGCAGCACAUUGCUGAAAACUAUCUAAUCCCCAAGCAACUCGCUUAUAAUGGUCUGGAAAAGGGGCAAUAUAUUGUUCCACCUGAAGUUAUCGAUUAUAUUGCUACCAGGUACACAAGAGAAGCAGGAGUACGUAACCUGGAGCGUGAACUUGGUACUUUGUGCCGAGGAAAAGCCGUCGAACAACUCGAGAAUUUGAACAACAAGAUCUUAUCCAAGGCUGUUACACCAACUGCUAUUACAAUUGAAGAAUUGCCUAAGUACCUGGGUCUUGAAAAGUUCCAAGACGAUGUUGUUAAUGAUGAGGUUGAUGAAUAUGUUGUUGCAGGAGAGACAAAGCACCGUCACUCAGCUGGCUUGGUUAAUGGUUUGGCCUAUAUGGGCAGUGGUAACGGAGGACUUCUUGUAUUCGAGGCCACUACUAUGCCUGCUGGAUCUGGAAAUCUCAAACUCACUGGUAAACUUGGCGAAGUUAUUUCUGAAAGUGCCCAGAUUGCAUUGUCGUGGGUUCGUUCCAAUGCAUCUCGUCUUGGUCUGCCAUCUGACGUCUUGAAGAACAUCGAUAUUCAUCUUCAUGCCCCAGCUGGUGCUAUCCCCAAAGACGGUCCUUCUGCUGGUGUCGCCAUGACACUCACUCUAGUCUCACUUCUUCGUAACAAGGAAGUCCCUAGAGACAUUGCCAUGACAGGCGAAAUUACACUUCGAGGUAAAAUCCUGCCUGUAGGCGGUAUCCGUGAGAAGCUUCUCGGAGCACAUUUAGCUGGCAUUCGCAAGGUAAUUCUCCCUCACCAUUCUGCCAAGACUGUGCGAGACGAGUGUGCAUUCCUCAAAGAUAUCGAUAUGGAAAUUGUCUAUGUGAAGUACAUUUGGGACGUGUUUGCCUAUGUCUGGCCUGACGAGAAAAUUGUGGCUGACAGCCAUCUAUAA